AUGAAACCCAGCACAACAAAGCAAGCGAAUGCGGGAGCGCAAAGCUCGAUUGCUGGUGUGAACAAACUGCCCGAUGGGUUUGCAUCAGCCAAUGGCUCCGCUGGCGAGAGGAAAUUCGUCGACUAUUCAAGCAUCCGCGAGAAGACGGUGCUUGUUGGACCGACCGAGGAACAGUUCGAUCUGUUGAUGAAACGAUUAGAAGAACGUAUAUCUGCUAGCCGUGGUGAGACGGUCUACGAAAUUGGGAUCGGAGAAGAUGGCAGUGAGAAUGGACUAGAGCAGGAUGAGUAUGCCGCUUCCCUGGCAACGCUGCAAUCGUUGGCAGCGAUGCUGGCUGCUGAAUGUGUUGAGUUGCGCACCCGCAAGGCAGAGAAAGGUAUCACUGGCCAGUAUCUGAUCCGGCGGAAGGUAGAGGAUGAUGAUUUCACCGAAGUACGGGUAGCGGUCGUUGGAAACGUCGAUGCGGGCAAAUCCACUCUGCUGGGCGUGUUGACACACGGAGAACUAGACAAUGGACGUGGCUUUGCGCGGCAGCGCCUUUUUCGCCAUAAGCACGAAAUUGAAAGUGGUCGCACCAGUUCCGUUGGGAACGACAUACUUGGGUUUGACAGUGUGGGUAAUGUGGUUAAUAAGCCAGACCAUGGCACGCUAGAUUGGGUAAAGAUAUGCGAAAAGUCAGCCAAAGUUAUCACUUUCAUCGAUUUGGCCGGACACGAGCGAUACCUGAAGACAACUGUGUUCGGAAUGACGGGCCACGCACCGGAUUUCGGAAUGUUGAUGAUUGGAGCAAAUUCCGGUAUCGUGGGUAUGACGAAAGAACAUCUUGGACUUGCUUUGGCGUUAUCAGUGCCGGUGUUUGUAGUCGUCACCAAGAUUGACAUGUGUCCACCGAAUAUUCUGCAGGAGAAUUUGAAGCUGCUGUACAAAAUUCUGAAAUCCCAAGGCUGCCGAAAGGUUCCGGUGAUGGUGAAAACCAGCGAUGAUGUCGUGCUUAGCGCUACAAACUUCGUCUCGGAACGGUUAUGUCCCAUAUUUCAGGUGUCGAACGUAACGGGUGAAAAUUUGGAUUUGUUGAAAAUGUUUCUCAACCUGCUGAACGUCCGUACCACGGGAAAUGAUGCGCUACCGACCGAGUUCCAAAUCGACGAUACAUACGCCGUACCGGGCGUUGGAACCGUAGUGUCCGGGAUCACUUUGCAAGGUGUCGUACGGUUAAACGAUACACUCCUGCUCGGACCAGAUCCUUUGGGUGAUUUUCAACCGAUCGCUAUCAAAAGCAUCCACCGAAAGCGAAUGGUGGUGCGCGAGGUGCGCAGUGGCCAGACGGCAAGCUUUGCGCUGAAAAAAAUCAAACGCUCGCAAAUCCGCAAAGGCAUGGUAAUGGUAAGCCCGGUAUUAAACCCCCAAGCCUGCUGGGAGUUUGACUGUGAGAUAUUGGUGCUGCAUCAUCCGACGACGAUUUCGAGCAAGUACGGCCGUUGGUCGGCAAUGGUGCACUGCGGCAGCAUUAGGCAAACGGCACAAAUACUGCAAAUGUCCAAGGAAUGCCUUCGCACCGGCGAUAAAGCGGUGGUACGGUUCCGGUUUAUCAAAAACCCGGAGUACAUGAAGCCGGGCCAGCGGAUGGUGUUCCGCGAGGGUCGCACGAAAGCGGUGGGAAACGUGAUUCAACCGCUGUACACACCGGGCAGCAUCCAGCAGCGCUCGAAACCGAACAAAAUGCAAUCAAACCGAGGGUUGACAGCGACGGGAGUCGUGAUGCAGAGUGGUUCGGGCUCUGCCUCUGUAAAUAUGCCCCUUUCGAAGGGUUCCAGUGCAACGGUCGAUGGGGCUGGAAUUGACAUGGACAAUGGCACGGCGAACAGUUCGCCGACGCACGAUUCAACACCGGUGCUCGACAUUGGCACGGACAAGAGAAACCACCGACCAUCGGGAGGUGGUAACAAAAAGCGCCUGAACAUGGGCGGGAUGGCAGCUGCUGGCGCUGGUACAUCUGCUGGGUCAAGUUUAGCACCCGGCGGCAGCAGUGGGAAACUGUUACCGUCCGGUGGCACUGCGGCAUCACAAUCGCCGGUGACUUCGAACGCUUCCACCGGGUCAUCGACUUCCGGUGCUUCGGUCGCCGUUGACAUGAGUAAGCUAUCGAUUGCUUCCAACUAA